AUGAAAUCAAUUGCACAACUUGAGCAGUUGUUUAGACGAUGUGAAGGAGAACAACAAAUCUGUAACCUGAUGGCAAAGGUGAACGAUCUUAUAAAUAAUGCCGAGGUUGCCUUUCCUUUGUCAAGUGAGGUCAAAGCUCCUGGAAGACCUAAGCACGUCAAAAGGAAAACUGCUCUCCCAAAGGACUUUGUCCGUCACAAGCACAGACAUCUCCUUGUGCAAAAGAACAAAAAUGAUAUCAGAAGUAUUUUGAAAGAAGGUCUUAAAGAAGUGAUGAAGGAGUUCUUAGAGGAGGAGCCUCUCAAAAAAACUAAAACAACCAAUUUUGCUAAAAAGCAAGAGCCUCUCAAAGAAGCUGAAAAAUAUUUCUCUGGAAUAAAAAGACCUAAACAUCUCCAAGACGACUACUGGUACGAUUUGCCUAGUCCAAAAAAACAAAACAAAAAUGUGCAUGACUUUGCUCUGCCUGCUCAAAUCGACCAAGCCACUAUUUCGUUGAUGUUUAACCCCAAGUCUGAUGGUUGGUGCGGUUUCUGUGUAUUUGCACACCUGAAAGAGGGUGGAGAAGAUCAGUUUCCUUUGGUGAAGAAGAAGACGUUGGCCACGAUAGCAACCCACAGUAAGCUUUAUAAGCACAACUUUGGCAUGUAUGUUGCCAAAGUGACAGAGGUCAUUGCCUUUGGCUCCGAUAUUGACCCUGCUCUUGGGGAAAAUAUCCCAUCUUGUCCUUCCUCUAUGUGGUUCUCUGCACCAGACUGUGCUCAGAUAAUAGCUGAUAUCUAUAAUGAGCCUGUUUGUGUGUACUCAGACAAUCGGAGAGUCUUGCCUGUAACUUUCCUUCCCCUCCAUGAUCGGACGCCUCUCAAAAGAAAGCUAUUGCCAAUGGUCUUGCACCAUGUACAUGGGUGCCACUGGACAAAAAUUAAAGUGAAGCCUCAUGUACAUCGGUCCUGGCCUGAGGUAAAUGCGCUGUAUUUUGAUGCUAUCCAUAGAGGGAGUAUUAUUGACUGCAUUUCCACAAGUUGGAAUCAUUGGGGUCAGUUCCCAAAGAACAAGUCUUAUCUUUUACUCUCCACUACUACAACUACUACAAUUACUACUACUGCCACUAACUCUUCUACACAUUCUCCUGUAAAUUCUUCCAAUAUUAUUGAUCUCACAUAUAUAUAA